GCGGCAAAUUCAGUCGUACCUCUCGACUGGCCCGGGUAUACAGUACAUCCAGUCCCAAUGUCUAAGCACCUAUUGGCAGUAUAAAGUUUAGCGCGUCAAGAUGGGGAAUGCAGAUGUCUUUUAUGGAGCCUGCGGAGAGUUGCGGAGGCGUGCGGUCUGUUAUCGCGCCUGUGCCCUCAAUUAACGCGCUAUCUAAAGCUGCCACUGGCAUGAGCGUCAGCUAUACAUUUGACUCUCGUAUCUCACCCCCAACCAUCCUCCGCGAUACAGAUGGCAUCCACCUCCCCGCCAUUGUCUGUCGAAGAGCGUUUUGGCCUUUUGUUCAUAGUCGAAGCUUCCUCUCUUUCUGCAUCCGCUGUUCUCGUUCUCCUAUCUUACCUUGUGUACAGUGCUUCCACGAUACGAAAAGGAGCUCACCAGCGAUGGAGGAUCGAGAGUCCGCUACAUUACUACUUCCUCAACCUCAUGCUUUGUGAUUUGAUACAGUCCGCUGGUGGGAUGCUGAGCAUCAGAUGGAUAGUAGAGGCCGUAAGUACCCAUUGCCCAUAUUGUACGAUCUGGUUGGGCCUUCUGGAACUAAUAUCAUGGACCUAUUCUAUCCAGAGAGUGACCGAAGGUCCAUUCUGCACCGCUCAAGGGAUUAUGAAACAUGUGGGAGAUGUUGGCACUGCUCUUUCAACCCUCACAAUCACCGUGUACACUUUUAUCGUCCUGGCAUUUCGUUGGAAACCAUACAGAAGGCCACGAUCAUAUCUAGUCGCGGUCGUCAUCGUGUGGAUUUUUAUCAUUCUUGCCGUUGCCAUCAAUAUAGGCGUCAAUGGCGCAAAUCGAUUUUAUGGGAACACUGGAUCCUGGUGUUGGAUUGCAGCUGAGUAUCAUGUCCAAAGGCUAGUGUUGGACUACGUAUGGAUGUGGACUGCCGCAUUUUUCAGCAUAGUGCUCUACGUCCCUCUUUACUUUAUUUUAAGAGGGUCUUUCGUCUUAGAAGGAUGGGCUCUUCGAAUACCAGAAGAAACUAAAACAGAGACGCUUCCGCGUAGCAGAUUGGCUCUCAAAAUGCUAUUGUGGGUGUCUUCUUCCGAAGCGGCUCACUCGAUAACCCGAGCUGAACAAUAUGUACUUUAG